AGUAUCUCUGAGAAUGUGCUCUGCAGACUCAGCUAUGGGAGCGUGUGGGAGCCUCUGAGACCUGCAGUUUUCUAAAAUGAGAAAGGAGAGCAGGUUAAUCCGGUGGAUCUGGUGGAUUGUGGUUGUGACAGCUUUGUUUUUGCUUGGCUUUGUCAUAGGCUGGUUUUCAAAGCCAACAAAUCCAAAUGCUGCAAACAGCAGUGCAUCCAAGAAGUACCUGAGGGAGUUUCUGGAUGAAAUGAAGCCAGAGAAUAUCAGAGAGCAUCUCAGGAAAUUUACACAACUUCCCCACCUGGCUGGUACUGAGCAGAACCUGAGAUAUGCAGAACAGAUCAAGAAAGAGUGGCUGGAGUUUGGAUUGGACUCAGUGGAGAUGGUGCCCUAUGAUGUCCUGUUGUCCUACCCCAACACAUCACAGCCAAAUUACAUCUCGAUAGUCGAUCAGCUCGGCAAUGAGGUUUUUAACACUUCUUUGGCUGAGCCGGUUCCAGAGGGGUAUGAAGAUGUUUCUAACAUUGUGCCUCCAUACAGUGCCUUCUCUGCCAAAGGACAGCCUGAGGGGGAGCUGGUGUAUGUGAAUUAUGGCCGUACAGAAGACUUUUUACAGUUGCAGAGGGAGAGAAAUAUCAAUGCCACUGGGAAGAUUGUUAUUGUCAGAUAUGGGAAGAUAUUCAGAGGCAAUAAGGUGAAGAACGCAGUAUUAGCUGGAGCAAAAGGGAUCAUUAUGUUCUCAGACCCUGCGGACUACUGGGCUGCUGGAGUCCAGCCCUACCCUGAUGGCUGGAACCUGCCCGGUGGAGGAGCCCAGAGAGGAAAUGUUCUCAACCUGAAUGGAGCAGGAGACCCACUAACACCAGGGUACCCUGCUAAAGAAUAUACCUACAGAUUGAGCCCUGAGGAUGGAGUGGGACUUCCCAAGAUUCCUGUCCAUCCCAUUGGCUUCCAUGAUGCUAUUCAUCUGCUGAAGAACAUGGGAGGAGAAAUCCCACCCAACAACUGGAAAGGAGCUCUGAAUGUCUCCUACAGACUUGGUCCAGGCUUUACAGACGACUUCAAGAACCAGAAGGUGCGUAUGAACAUCCACACCAACAACCAGGUAACCAGGAUCUACAACGUCAUUGGCAGGAUAAGAGGAGCUCUGGAGCCAGACAGGUAUGUGAUUCUGGGAGGGCAUCGCGAUGCUUGGGUGUUUGGAGGAAUUGAUCCCAUGUCUGGUGCUGCAGUGGUCCACGAAACUGUCAGGAGUGCUGGGAGACUACUAAGUAAAGGCUGGAGGCCUAGGAGGACUAUAAUAUUUGCCAGCUGGGAUGCAGAGGAGUUUGGACUGCUGGGAUCUACUGAAUGGGCAGAGGACAACGCCAAGCUGCUGCAGGAGAGAGCUGUAGCCUAUAUCAAUGCCGAUUCUGCCAUAGAGGGCAUGUACACCCUGAGGGUCGACUGCACACCAUCACUACACACUUUAGUGUAUGACCUCACCAAACAGAUAGACAGUCCAGAAGAAGAUGAGGAGGGAAUGUCUCUUUAUGAGAGUUGGCAUAAGAGGGACAACUGGACGAAUGAGCGUGAUGCACCAAGGAUCAGUAAACUUGGGUCAGGAAGUGACUUUGAGGCCUAUUUUAUCCGUCUGGGAAUCGCUGCCGGCAGAGCAAGAUACACAAAAAACAAGAAAACAGAGCGAUACAGCAGCUACCCAGUCUACCACAGUGUGUACGAAACUUUUGAGAUAGUGGAGAAGUAUUACGACCCCUCAUUCAAAAGGCUACAGGCAGUGGCCCAGGUGAGAGGCGGGCUAAUCUUCCAACUGGCUGAUUCCAAGCUCCUCCCGCUUGAUGUUAAGCAGUAUGCAUUCUCACUGAGGAAGUACGCACAGAGUAUCUCACAGCUGGCACAGAGGCACCCAGAAGAGAUGGAGACAUAUGAGGUGUUGUUUGAUUCUUUGUUUUCUGCUGUGAAAAACUUCACUGUUGCAGCCGGUGACUUUCAUGAGCGCCUGAAGACUCUCAACAGAGCAGAUCCUCUGCAGGUACGCAUUAUGAAUGAUCAGCUCAUGUAUCUGGAGAGAGCCUUCAUAGACCCACUGGGCUUACCUGGUAGACCGUUCUACAGGCAUGUGAUUUUUGCUCCCAGCAGUCAUAAUAAAUACGCAGGCGAGUCGUUCCCUGGGAUCUAUGAUGCAUUGUUCGACAUCGAGAACGCGGCUGACCCACAGAAGUCCUGGGAGGAAGUAAAGCGUCAAAUCAGCAUUGCAGCAUUCACUGUUCAUGCUGCCGCCAUGACCCUAACACCACCUGCAUGAGGUCCAGAUAGUCUGAUACCCAUUGACAAUUAUGUUUUACAACUAGAGUGGAAGAAAAAAAAACCGCACCAAACACAGCAAUGGACAAUCCCGUUUUCCUGAUGCAGCCAUGAGCCAGGAUUUUUGAGUCAUUUGGUAUAAAACUUUCUUAUAACUUUUAGUGUCUUAUUUGUCACAAGGCUAUAGAAAAUAUAUAAUUUAUGUGGGGUAUUUGUCUACAAUGUUGUUGUUUUGUAAUUUUUGUUUUGUUGUUUUGUAAUAAUAACAGUAUUUUGCUAAAACGGUGUAAUAACAAACAAACCUACCUUACAUGUGUCAGUAAAAACUGAUAUCUUCUCCAUGCAAUGAUCUGAGAAAAACGGUUGAACAUGUCAUUAAAGGCACAAGGAGUUGUAUAUACAUGCUUGAAUUAACAUGUAUCUAAUAUGCAUACUUGUUUUUUUUUCUUAUUAAAAGUUUUGCACUUAGGA